AACAGCAAUUACAAAACCAUGCAUCGCAGGCACACAACCCUUCGGGAGAAGGGCCGGAGGCAGGCCAUCCGGGGCCCAGCCUACAUGUUCAAUGAGAAAGGCACCAGCCUGACUGCAGAAGAGGAACGCUUUCUUGAUUCUGCAGAAUAUGGCAACAUUCCUGUCGUGCGAAAAAUGCUGGAGGAAUCCAAAACCUUGAACUUCAAUUGCGUUGAUUAUAUGGGACAAAAUGCCCUUCAGUUAGCUGUAGGGAAUGAGCAUCUGGAAGUGACAGAGCUCCUCCUCAAAAAGGAGAAUCUUGCUCGGGUUGGAGAUGCGCUUUUGUUAGCCAUCAGUAAAGGAUACGUGCGCAUCGUAGAAGCAAUAUUGAACCACCCAGCCUUUGCACAAGGACAGCGUCUCACACUCAGCCCCCUUGAGCAGGAACUGAGAGAUGAUGAUUUUUAUGCUUACGAUGAAGAUGGAACUCGGUUCUCCCAUGACAUUACCCCUAUCAUACUUGCUGCCCACUGCCAGGAGUAUGAAAUAGUUCACAUCUUGCUUCUAAAAGGCGCACGGAUUGAAAGGCCACAUGACUAUUUUUGCAAGUGCAAUGAAUGUAUUGAGAAGCAGAGGAAAGAUUCCUUUAGUCACUCUCGAUCGAGAAUGAAUGCCUACAAAGGAUUAGCCAGUGCUGCUUAUUUGUCUCUUUCCAGUGAAGACCCUGUCCUUACUGCUUUAGAGCUAAGCAAUGAACUGGCCAGACUAGCCAACAUUGAAACUGAAUUUAAGAAUGACUAUAGGAAGCUAUCUAUGCAAUGCAAGGACUUCGUUGUGGGGGUGCUGGACCUGUGCAGAGACACUGAAGAAGUAGAGGCCAUUCUGAAUGGAGACGUGAACAUACAUUUGUACCCUGAGCAUCAUCGGCCAAGUCUAAGCAGGAUUAAACUUGCUAUUAAAUACGAGGUCAAAAAGUUUGUUGCUCAUCCCAACUGCCAGCAGCAAUUGCUCACCAUGUGGUAUGAAAACCUCUCAGGCUUACGGCAACAAUCUAUAGCUGUGAAGUUCUUGGCCGUCUUUGGGGUCUCCAUUGGCCUGCCCUUCCUUGCCAUAGCCUACUGGAUUGCUCCCUGCAGCAAGCUGGGACGGACCCUCCGAAGUCCUUUCAUGAAGUUUGUGGCACAUGCAGUUUCUUUCACAAUCUUCCUUGGACUGUUAGUAGUGAAUGCAUCAGAUCGGUUUGAAGGAGUGAAAAAUCUCCCAAACGAGACCAUCACGGAUCAUCCGAAACAAAUAUUUAGAGUCAAAACAACUCAAUUCUCAUGGACAGAAUUGCUGAUCAUGAAGUGGGUAUUGGGCAUGAUAUGGUCAGAGUGCAAGGAGAUCUGGGAAGAGGGUCCACGUGAAUACGUGGUGCAUCUCUGGAACCUGCUGGACUUCGGGAUGCUGUCCAUCUUCGUGGCAUCGUUCACUGCCAGGUUCAUGGCUUUUCUCAAAGCAACUGAAGCACAACAGUACGUAGAUCAGUACGUUCAAGAUGAUGACCUCAAUAAUGUCACCCUUCCCCCUGAAGUUGCUUAUUUUACUUAUGCCAGGAACAAGUGGCUUCCCUCGGAUCCUCAGAUCAUUUCAGAAGGACUGUAUGCAAUAGCUGUGGUACUCAGCUUCUCCCGCAUUGCUUACAUUCUUCCAGCCAACGAAAGCUUCGGCCCCCUGCAGAUCUCUCUGGGGAGGACUGUGAAGGAUAUCUUCAAGUUCAUGGUCAUCUUCAUCAUGGUGUUCCUGGCCUUUAUGAUUGGAAUGUUCAAUCUUUACUCCUACUACCUUGGUGCAAAAUACAACCCUGCAUUUACAACGGUAGAAGAAAGUUUUAAAACCUUAUUCUGGUCAAUAUUUGGCUUAUCUGAAGUGAUAUCUGUGGUGCUGAAGUACGACCAUAAAUUCAUUGAGAAUAUUGGAUACGUACUCUAUGGAGUAUAUAACGUGACUAUGGUGGUGGUGCUGCUUAAUAUGCUAAUAGCCAUGAUCAACAACUCCUAUCAGGAAAUUGAGGAGGAUGCGGAUGUGGAGUGGAAGUUUGCACGUGCCAAGCUUUGGCUAUCCUACUUUGAUGAAGGAAGGACUUUACCUGCUCCUUUUAAUCUAGUGCCAAGCCCUAAAUCAUUUUAUUAUCUCAUACUGAGAAUAAAAAUGUGCCUCAUAAAACUCUGCAAAUCUAAGGCCAAAAACUGUGAAAAUGAUCUUGAGAUGGGGAUGCUGAAUUCCAAACAACGGAAAGUUCGUUUUCACUCUAGCUCUCAAAAUACAGACUAUUUUUCUGGGAAGAACGCUUAUAACAAGCCCACAAGAUAUCAGAAAAUAAUGAAGCGCCUGAUUAAGCGGUACGUCCUGAAGGCUCAGGUUGACCGAGAAAAUGAUGAAGUCAAUGAAGGAGAACUUAAAGAGAUUAAGCAAGAUAUUUCUAGUCUCCGCUAUGAACUCUUAGAGGAAAAGUCACAAGCUACUGAUGAGCUGGCAAGACUAAUACAGCAGCUGAGUGACAAAUUUGGGAAGACCUUAAACAAAGACAUCUGA